GUACUCCGGGGAAGUAGGCACCUCCUGCUGGGUUCCUGGCCUACCCACUUCUGUCGGCUCCGAGGCGAGAAGCGCCUUUUCCACAGGAUAUCAAUGCAAGCCUGAGUAAAAAAAGAAUUUCUCCCUCCUAAGCCAUGGCAUAUCAGUUGUACAGAAAUACCACUUUGGGAAACAGUCUUCAGGAGAGCCUCGAUGAGCUUAUACAGUCUCAACAGAUUACCCCCCAACUUGCCCUUCAAGUUCUACUUCAGUUUGAUAAGGCUAUAAAUUCAGCGUUGGCACAGAGGGUCAGGAACAGAGUCAACUUCAGGGGCUCUCUAAAUACAUACAGAUUCUGCGAUAAUGUGUGGACUUUUGUAUUGAAUGAUGUUGAAUUCAGAGAGGUGACAGAACUUAUUAAAGUGGAUAAAGUGAAAAUUGUAGCCUGUAAUGGUAAAAAUACUGGCUCCAAUACUACAGAAUGAAUAGGAAAAAAAUGGCUUU